GGGUUCUAUUUAGGAGGGAGAGAGGGCAGCUGGAGGCAGGUCGGCUUCGUAAUGUCGCUUGGCGAUGUCCCCUAAAUGUCUGCGCUCUGAACUACAACCUACUUGCAUUGAAGUCAGGGCACAAAUGUAAAACGUAUUGCUCAAUAAAGCCAAGAAAAUAGGGCGUAAUGAACAGGUCACAUUUGGGAGUUUGCUUCUUUCAAACUUCAAAACAAAAUUGAUCUUUAAGCAGACCGAACAUUAAGAAAUAUACACACGUAACCAUUAUUUAGAUGGCGAUCUAGCGUUUUGAAUCUGGCUUUUACCUCCAGGGUGAGCGAUUGGGAGAUGUGGAACAAAUGUAAGAUAACUUCAGGCUUGUGGCACUUAUUUCAAGAUUCGGGGCUGGGUUCUGCUGCGUGAUCUUUAUGGAUCAGAGCCUGCUCUUAUUAAAGGGCCAGCAAUGGAAACAUAAAAUGGGACCAGAUGGCUAAGGAAUGCAGCGGGAAAUUAUCACCUCGUCAUACAAAAGUUGGAAUUAAUGUGAUUGAACAACUGAUCCUUUGCAAGUUGUGAGAUGUACAUCUCAAAAGCAAACUUACUUCAGUGACUCAUUUAUAAAAAUGAAACUAUUAAUUAUUUUUGUUACAUCACUAUGAAUUGAUGUUUUACUAUUUCCUAAGGCCUGGCUGAAGAAGCAGAUGUCUAAAGCCAGUGGACAAUCAAGUGUUUCUGGAGUUCUUUAAUAGAGUUAUCUCUCUAAUUAAUGAGCUAUAAAUGGCGGAGCAAUUGACACAACUGCUCAUUAAGGCAGCUCAACAUCAUCUUAAAACUGGAAAGAAGAAAAGAUUAUCAUUUUCAGCCUCCUUGAAUGUAGCUGGGGAGGUAUUGGCAGUAGCAGCUGGUUUAAAACCAGCUUUUCUGUAUGAUUACAAUUCUGCUGGGACUUCUCAGAUUCUGGACUAUGUUCAACAUCUUCAAACUACCCUUCAACUUACAUGUCGGUUACAUGUUCUUAAUAUAGCCGAAAAUGUUCUAAUAAUCAACUUGGGACUGAUGUGUUUGUGUCUGGAAUCAGUCCUGCUUAGCAAUAAUGUCACUUUCAUUGAUGUUUCUGCUUAUAGACCAUGUCCUACCUUUUGUAACUCAGAAAAUGUGAAUCUUAUAAAAAGCCAUCUGUCAGAAAUAUUAAAUCAUAUUAAAGUACUAACAGAAGAUACAUCUCAGACAAUAUCUUCAAGUGAAAUUUUUUCGACUGAAUGGAAUCUCUGUACUCUAUUUGGUGUAUUGCUAGGGUAUCCAGCAUCCUAUAAUUUUCCUACUCAGAAGAGUUCUGAUAAUUGUCUUACACUAAUUCCACUGAGAGUGUUUACUGUUCAAGCCAUAUUUUGUAUGGUAAACAGUGAUUUCAGAGUUAGGUUUUACUCUUUCAGUAUCCCAGAACUCUUGUAUCCAGACAUGAAAAUGAACCUCAGCACAUGGUGUGAAAAACUCAAGGAUGCUUUUAAAGCUCAGAAAGAAUUUGCUAAUCUCUGCAUUGCAAAUGAGGUGGUUGUUCUAUCAGCAGUGGCCUUGUAAAUAUGAAUCACAAUUCAUAGAUAGCGUUGCUUCU